AUGCUCCGACCUUUAGUGGGCCUAGUGUUACUCGUGCAUGGCAACUCUGGAUGGUGGGCACCGGCGAAUGCCACCGACCCGCCGGAAGGACCAUGGAAGGCCUGGGCAAGAACGAAAUCCCCGAGACUUGUGGAGCAGAUGGACACCUUCCCUGAUUCCAUGGACGGUGUGCGAACAACGAUGGGACCGAGGAAUUUGGUCCUUGGCCGACUGGUGAUCGCCGUCCUGAUGACGGUGGCGUGGAUCGUCAGGAGAGCUGUUCGGAUAGCUGGCCGCUUGAUGUAUCAUCUGCAGCGUUUCUUUGGUGGAACGCCAGAAGCUGUGGAUGCAGAGUACCAUGGUCCUGGAACAGGAUCCACUCCCGAGACUGCAGAGCUCCGGAAGUUCAAAGCUGGCAGCCAUGACAAGUGGAUCGUGUUGAAGAGAGCGCAGGACGUUGUGGUUUUUCGGGUGGGGUCUGAAGCUCAGGCCAUCCGUUCUAGUGGUAUGUAUGUGGGAGUGGAACCUGACAGUAUGAGAGGUUCCCCUGCUUUGAUGGCAGAACUCCAUGGCCACGACCGAGUUCAUCUUUGUCGCAACGAGUCUUGUCCAGAGGAUGGGCAACACUUCAAGGUGUAUGGGUUAGCCAAGAAGUACGACCCGGAGAAGUUCGAACUUGCACUUGCAGCUGAAGGCGCCAAGCAAGCAGGCAGUACGCUUUGGCGCUGGGCGUGGGCUGGUGGAAAGGUGGUCAAGGACAGGAUGGCAGAUUUUGGUUCAGAAUCUGAAACGGAACAUCUUCCUCGCAACGCUCACAGGGUGCGCUGGUCUUUGGACGGAGGUGAUGUUGUACUGAGCGCCGGGCCUUGUACAGAGUCAGCUAAGGAGCAGGUCACGCUUCUUGCUGAGGAUGAAUUUCAACCACAUGCUGUAGGUAGUUUUUGUCCCACUCAUGCCAACAAGUACCUUUGUACUAGGUAUAUUAAGAAGUGUUGUCACACUGGUUGCAAGCGCUUAGGGAAGGCUUCAGCUUCGGGUGUGAACGUGUGUUGGGCACAUGAGCAAGAAGGGAUCGGCAGACGUUCUCGCUCCCGCUCUCGGGACCGACGUGCACGGGCAGACAGUGAUGAUGGCCAAGAACGUGAUCGAGAUCGCGGAGGCAGUCCUCCGGGAGAAGGUCAACGCGUUCCGGAUGGGGGCUACCAAAGUCUUUUGGACGAGCUGAAGGAGAUGCGUGAAAGUCUUCCCAAAGAAAGGGAUGGGGAAGGCCUCGAAAUCACCAGGGGUGACCCCGAAGUCAUCGGUUCACAGGAGCUUGGCAAGGAGUUCUUUGAGCGCUACACACAAGGGCGAGAUGUUGGUUUGUCAGAGAACCAGGUUCGACGAGCUAUGGCUGAGGAGAAGGGCAUGGGCAUUUCUGAACUUAGCCGAGUUUUGCAUCGUUUGGGAUCAACAGAACAAUCGAGAGGACAGAAAGGGCUGACAAAGUUUCUAUCCAAGUGGAAGGUGGACUUUGAGGAUGAAGAGGAUGUGGCUUUGGGUGCGUCCGACGCCAGUUCCAUACCGAGAUCAUGGAGCGUUCUCAAUUCCGAGUCCCCUGGGAAGGUGUCGACUCCGCCGGGUUUGGCAGAAACCCCACCACAGGUGCUGGAGAAGUCGGGCACCAGGUUGGCCAUUGGGGCCCCUACCAUUUAUGGCAAAGGCGACAGACGAGCUGGUGCGGCAUCAGGCAGUGGCGCAGACCCUAUGGCAGCUUUGGCACAAGCAAUCCAGUCACAGACCGUAGAAAUAGCAUCUUUGGUCAAAGCACAGACGGAAGUGUCUAGCCAUCCUCAAGGUUCCGUGAAGGGCAUCAAUCGUCUGUCAGAGGAGAUGAUAUACAUCAUGCGAGCAUGUGACCAGUACAAUGUUGCAGUUUGUCCAGGUGAAGUUGGAGGAGCUUUGGCAAAUGCGCUGAUGGCGGCACAGAUUGGCGCGGCUACCAAGCUGAGGGCUAUGGGUUUUCGCCAGAGGAUGACUCAGAGGCUCGCGGUUGGUAUUGCAGGGCCAUACUGGGGCUCGCAGGAGAAGUUCUGCCUUGGAGCGUCGGACUUUAUCCACUACACGGACGCUGAGUUGGACGCCUUUGCAACAGACCGUCAGGUGAAGACGGGGGUUGAACAGCGACCGGCGGCCCCCACCAAGUUGGAGGAGUGGACAGCCAGGGCAAGGAGACAAAAUCAGGUGUGGUGCCUGGUCUAUGGCGCUGCAUGGAAAGAGGUGCGAGAGCAUGCCUUGGAGACUUUGGCCGAAUGGCACCAGGAAUGUCCUCACAAGUGGCCUCUCAACGUGGUGAUGGAUGCAUGGGAGGAGCUGCACUGGCGUUUCUUGGAGGAGGUCAAGGAGCUGAUCCGAGCGCUGAAGAAGGUUGCAAAGAGGGAGAGCAUGAGCCAGCAGGGCUGGUUCAAAACCGAGUUGGAGCCUCGCAUUGAACGACGUCAGGAGAGAACUUUGUGGAGAUUGACAUGGGAUGGAGGUCGCCGAGACAGAGGGCAACCAGCCGGAGGAGUCCAAAGUGCGGGACAAGCAGCCGGAGGUGAUGGUGGACAAGGAAAGGCAAAGACCUUGCUCGGGCCAAAACUUUCUACUGAGGAGGUCAACCGGGCCCGGGAUCGAGCACCAGUCGACAAGAACGGGGUCUUGCUUUGUUGGGGCAACCUGACUCACCAAGGAUGCAAUGUGGCUCAAUGCCAGAGGUCCCACGAACCUUUGAGGGGCCAGUUCGAGCAGUUGGACCCCUGUGUUCGCAUGCAACUCAUUCGCAGAGGAGGUCUGAAAAGGAUGCGCCUUGAGACGAAGGAGUCAGCGGAGUACAAGAUCAAGGAGCUGCGCACUGGAGUGGCGACAGACAAGACAGAGAAGAUGGCGAAGCCCAAGCGUAAGGCUGGAGAGGCGGAGGCCCAGUCAGGACCUGAAGAGGGUGACGGUGGAAAGGCCGGUGGCACCACCUACCAAAGGGUUCGUUUUUGGGAUGUUCCUGAAGAGUUUGAAGCUGUGGACUACACGAAACAGGAGGACGUGCAGGAGCUGGUGAAGGCACCCGACCAAGAUUGGGCAGUCCCUGCUUCCCAUCAGGAGCGUGCUUACCAUGGUGGAGAGGAUGAUGCCCCAAGCGAUGCGGUGGCUUUGAUGAAUGAGGCCAAGCGUCUUCAGGAAGGGCCAGUGUUGCAAGCGUUGGCAGAGGCAUCAAAUGACUUGUACGCUUGGGCUGCGACGAGGGUGGCAAGGGAGCCCGCUUUAACCCUUGAGGAGCUCCUUGAGGAGAUGCAGAUGUACGGAGCGUCAGAUCUGGCCCAUGAAGCUGCAGCUUUGAUGGAGAGGCAACCUGAGGGUGGAAAGGCCGGGGAACAACCACGGCUCACGGUGAGAGACACCAUGUGGGCCCAUGGAGAACCAGGUCAAGGCAGUGUCGAAGUAGAUGGUGUGGUUUGGCGCACAUGGGACUACCUCGAGGACGUGACGAUGAACGAUGAGUUGGCAUCGGUCCUGGGGGUUGCUGAUCCGGGUGAGGAGAAGAGGCAGUGCGUCACUAAAACCAUGGCAGCCGGAAUUUUGUGGAGAAGACUCGGCCGCCGGCCCACCAUGGCUGAGGUCGUGGAAGAGGCCCGGGAACUUCGUUUGGAGCAAACCCGAAUCGCAGUGGAUGCGAACACGCAGAUGGGGCAGGCGGCAGAGUUUGUCACACCGGUUGAGCACGAGUUGAGGAUCUACGCUCACGAUGUGGUUCACCCACACCAUGAACGGGAUUUUCGGUCCUUUGCGGUGUUCCCCGUUGGGGCGUUGGAGGACGCAAGAGUGGUCGUCCUUGGAGCAGAUGUCAGAGGACGUUUGUUGGUGGAAUCCAUCGUGGGGGGCUCUUGGAAACCGGGCCAAUGGACUAUUUGUGCACUCAUUUGGAAAGGCCAUAUGGUUCUGGCCCAACCUCCUGAGGAUUUUGACCUGGAGACCUGGCUGGAGGCGGAGGAUGUGAUCUCUACUCCCAUUCUUGGCUUUAGUUUUUUCUGGCAUGCACGACAUGAUCAGGACCAGGCCGCAUUGCAUGUCGCCACUGCCGGUCGGGACGAAAAGCAGGGGAUGUCUUGGUGGAGCCUAGACGACAAUAGUCAGCUGGCUGCGGUGGCAACGGUGGCAGGAACAUGGGAGGCUCGUGAUUCCGUUCAGAUCCGCAACAGUGCCGGAGGUGACCUGAUGCUGCGGGAGCUUUUUGCAGGACAGGCAACUUUGACAAGGGCAUGGAAACAACGAGGUGGAAAGGCACUGGAGCCUGUGGAGGUGUAUGCAUAUCCUCACCAUCGAGAAGGUUACAGAGCAGCUCAUGACCUUCUUCGACCUGAAGUACAAGAUGUGCAUCUCCAACGAACACGCCACGGCCCUGAGAAUGUUGGAUGGGCUGCAUCGCCCUGCACAAGUUACUGUGAUUGGAAUCUGGAAAAUGGCGGAUCACGAACCUUCGAACACCCAGAGGGCGGCAGUGGUCGACCUCUCACGGAAAAGGAGAAGGAGGGCAACCAGUUGUCAGAAUUCGGGGCGAAGUACUUCCUCAACAUGCUGGAGAACGAUGGCUUCCCCAUCGCAGAGAGUUCUGGCGGCUCAGGGCGGUACCCCAAGCAAUGGGACUUGCUGUGUUGGCAGGCCAUUCUGGCCCGACCGGAUGUGGAUUGGGUGGAGUUCAAAAUGUGUGCCUAUGGCUUGGGCCCUCCUGAUGAGCCGGAUGCCUACUACCAGCACUUGACGCGGGUGGUCUUCCGCAAGCAUGCCGCUUUCAAAGCCGCCCUGUCCCGACGGUGUCCUGGGGUGAGCCCUACUCAUCGCCAUGUGGCAUUGAAAGGAUCCAGACCUGGCAGUCGGGCAGGUGGCUGUGAUGAGAAUGAAAAGAAGGUCACAGACAAUCCGCGGUGGGGCGAGCUUGAGGAAGCGGGGCUCAGAAAUGGUGGUGACAGUGAAGAAAACGAAGAAGAGAAGGGAGCAUCACAGGAGCCAGAAUGGGACCCUGACACAAGGCCUGGUCAGCCCAAGGGCAGGCUUGAACGUGUGGGAGACGCUUGGCAGCUUUUGAAUCCCGUGCCACGGAGUUACCAGCCGAUCAAGGAGGCCCUGGACCCGUCGGUGUCAAUGGUGGCGGACGAGGGCAACAUGGACCAAUCUUUGUCGGAAGUGGGAACUCCGAGUGCAACGGAUGAUCGCAACGCUUGGCAUGAGUUCAACGACGUCAAUGAGUUCGACGAUGUCCUCCAGGCUUCUAUCCUUGAUGGCUGGGAUGAUGACCCCCGUGAGGCACGCCUCAGCAUGAACUGUUUGGACAGAGAGGACCAGUAUUCGGAGAAGUACUACCUUCCGGAUGGGAGGGAUUAUUUCCAAGAAGGUAGAGGGCAUUUGGCGGUGUUCCAUGUGGAGCCACGGAGAACAUGUUUUGUCCCCUACCCGGACUUUGGGCAUGAGUUUCACCUGAGCCUGGACCAGCUGAGUGGAGAAAGGAUGACGGUGUGUAAGCAUUUUGGGCCACCGCCAGAGGAACGCCUGAAGUUGAGCUAUUUCUAUGAUUCUAUGACAACUGGCGAUCCCUGGGAGGAAGGGGGCCCUGAUCACUGGGAUAGGGGCGAUGGUGGCGAUCCCGAUGACGAGGAGUUCGAAGAGGAAGCCGAGGAGGAGUCCCCUACGUCUACAACGAGCUAUGGGAGCAGCCGCACUCGGUCCACAAGAAGAGCUGGAGGUCUACAACCAAAUCCUGAAGCGAGACACCUCGCGAGGGACUACGUGAAGUGUGUGGCCAACCUGGGCGAGGGCGCAGUGAGCGAUUGGGCGAGCGUCCUUCAAUGUGGUGAUGAGUUGCUCACAGCCGCAGGAGGAGUGGAGGAAGCCGCCCGUUUGUUGUGGGACGCCAGGAAGGAGGCCAAAUUGGACAAUCUUCGAGGAGUUCGGGAUGAGACCCUUGAUGGCGUGUUACACCCACUGGUGCUGGAGUACCUCAGAGCGGUGGAAUGCAAUGGAAUGGUUGCGAGACAUCCGGGCUCAAAGGCAAGAGUGGAAGCGGGGCUACAUCCGAAUGCCAAGAACAACCUGGAUCAGGUCUACAAGCAGAUCUUCAAGGACGUUCGGAAGCAUAGGGUGCUCGUGGUGAAAAGGGGCAACCAACGGCUGGGAACGACAGUCUCCUCCCCUUUUGAAGCGGUCGACAAGAUGUUGCCUGAUCGGUCCAUUGCCCCAGACAAACGCAUCGUCCACGACCAGAGGCAGGUGAACUCGCAAACGGACAAGUUGUGGCACCCGCCAGCGUUGCAGCCUACCCACCAGCAAAUUGCCCGGAGGAUCCUGUGGCACAAAACCCGGUUCCCUGGACUGGACGUUCUCAUUUCCAAGCGCGACAUUGCAGGAGCUUUCAGAUUGCUUUGGGUGGCUCCGGGAGAUGCUCAUCUUUUUGCGGGUGACUUGCCAUGGAAUGUGAAGAAGAUGGCCGAGGAGGAGGGUGCAAAUGGUGGGCAACAUGACGGUGAGGACAUGACCGUCAUCUACCUGGUCUCGAGCUUUGGUUUCAGCGGGUCUCCAGGUAGGGCCACAGAGGAUUACCAUAGGGCGCAUCGACCUGCGCGACCUCGACGUGAUGGGGCAUGCAGCUUCGACAGCAAGGUUUUGGUGGAUGAUUGCGUCCUCGUCGAGCCGGCGGUGGGAUUGAGACCGUGGGUGUCGGCAAGUUGUUACGAUGGGGUGAAGCUGAUGCUGGGGUCGGCCGCUGUGAAUGAGGAGAAGAACCUGGUGGAGGGCGUCUUCAGGCAUGAGCAGACAGUGUGGGGUCUCACAAUGAAUUCCAAGACGGAGCUUGCAUCUCUCCCAGCACGGCGCAUAGAGAAGGGAGCCCAUCUCUUGGCGCAUCAUGCAUUUGACUAUGACAUGGUGUGCCUGACUCUCCGACAGCUACAGCAAUUCAGAGGGAUCACUACUGGAUGGUCAGUGGUAGUGAAAGGCUUGAAGAAUGAGUUGAAAGCUGCGGAUGUUUUCCUGACGGGCGGUGAUGGGUCCUUGCCGGUCAAGCCGAAGGUGAGCAGCUACUUGGACGAAACCAUGGCGACCACUCGGGCGUGGGAAGAUUUGUGGGCGCUCUUCGAGAUGUGCAGGUGGCUAUGUGCUCGGCCAGAGAUGUGGGAGUCGCAAUUUUGUGCCACUUUGGAUGAGUUGCUUGACCCUCGUGAGAGGUUGGCUUUGCCGCGUGGACACCGUCAUGCAGUCUUCGUGUCCGCCGAUGCCACGGAGACGGUUGUUGGGGCCAUUGAUUGGACCAACGGUCAAGUUGCUCGGUUGAGUACUGACCAAGUGGGCCCUUGGUUGGAGGAGGCGCUCAAGGGAGAGAUGGAGGAUGAGAAGGUGGUCGUCUACGCCGGGGACAAUCAAGUCGUGCGGGCGUGGAUCACGAAGAGACAGAGUGGGUCUCGUGCUGGGCGACUGCUUCUGCGGGUGCUUGCUAUGUGCGAGAUGAGGUAUGGCUUCACCACAGUGGCGGGCUGGUGGCGAACUUUUCACAAUGUGGACGCCGAUUUUGUCACCCGGUGCACCACAAAGGAGUUUGGGGAGUACAUGGCAAAGAAGGGCUGGAGUUUUGUGGACAUUGGUCCCCCGAUCGAACAGGCAUCGGAGGACACGUCUCGUUUCGGCCUAUGCUUCCUUUCGUGGUCGAGUCCAGGUGACAGACACUUGAUUAUGCAACUGAAAGAACGUCGGAUGAGACGAGCAAUUGACCGCCCCUUGGGCAUUCCAUGGCCGGACAUCGAAGUGCUGGAGUGGGCAGUGCAAGGACGCAUGGUCAGGGACUUUGACAUGGCCGCGCGUGCUACGGGAGCUGCUCGAGAAGGUCAAGGAAUGGUCCGUUUGGGCAUGGGCACAGUGGGUUGCGAUAUCAAGGGCAAUCAGGUGAGGGCCUUCCUCGAAUGGGCCAGGCAGAAGAAGGUGGCAGUGGGGCUGAUCGAGGGCCCCCCUUUGGCAAACUGGGAGAGUGGAAUGGAAUGGUGUGCGGCUGUGGGCUGGGGCAACACUAUCGUCGUGGAGUUUGUCACUACGGAGCUGGGUGAAGCGCUGGCCAGACGGAGAAAAGCUUUGGUCGUGUCACCAAAUCCAAUAGAUGAGCAGAGUGUCAACCACCUGAUGGUGAAAGCAGUGGUGGCUACACCGCUGGGAGCAGUGGUGAACACCGGAAAGGUGGCUGAGGAUUUGGUGUGGAGGUUUCCCUACAAGAUGGAGUUGGUUCAGGGUGCCCCUCGCGAUCCACUACCACAUGUGGCAGCUCAUGUGUGGUGGGAGCAAGGAGCCAUGAGGGAAAACCUACAUGGCCUGACUGGCCCGGGCAGGUGGCCUUUGGUGCAGCGGGGCCAGGAACACUAUGAGCAGCUUUACAUCUAUGAUCGAGCCGGUCCAAGCGGGAGUGCUCGGGCUUUGAGCUUUGAGGAGAUCUGGAAGGCGCAGGGCAGAACGGCAUCGGAGUGGAAAGCAACGGUGGCUUCAUGUGAAGGAGUACCGGUACACGCAUUUGAUGAAGGGUGCAAGGGCACGGGGGCCAGAACCGCCGAGACGUUGCUGGCGGUAGCGGCCGCUGUGGCGUGUGACAAAGGAGUUCUACGAGCAGGAGCAAUCAGGGAUGGCCGGAGCGAUGAGAGUCUGGCAAAACUACUGCUCUGGCUUCGGAGAUGGAAACAAGGAGAGUUUGGCAGAGAGGGCCAGACGAGAAAAGCUGGAGGUGCCGCGCGGCGUCGAGUGGUUCCAUUGGGAGAGGCUUUGUGGCUGCAAGCCCUGGAGGACGAAGAGAACUUCGGGGACUGGAGGGCUGGAGGUCGACUCGCAAGGGAGCCAAAGAACAAGCCGCUUGGCCAGCAUCGUCACUGCACGGGCGGAAUGCCCAUUUGA